AUGUUCUCCUCCUCCACUCUCAGCCUAACGGUCCUGCUCGCCGGUCUCACUCUUGCCCAGCACGCACCAGCUCUAUUCCCCCGCCAGUCUUACGUCCCUUGCGUCGAGCAGGUCAACCGCAAGCCUUGCGGCUCCGACGUCCUCUGCAUCCCCACGACCUGGACUUGCUGCCAGAAACAACAAGGCGGUUGCUCUCCCGGGAACGCUUGUUUCCUUGACGACAAUGGCGACGACUGCUGCUGUCCCGUGGGAAGGACAUGCAGUGGUGUAUGCGGCGCCGUGACCUUCGUCGAUGCGACUACCAGGGUUUCCACUAUCGUUGAGCCGACUACCGUUCCGGUUCCAACAUCUGUUACCGUUUCGAGCGCUGAAGCGUUCUCGAGCGUGAUUCUGGGGACCACUUCGACAGCUUCUAGCUUGCCAGCAUUGUCUUCUUCGUCAUCCUCUUCGCAUCUGCCGCUUCUCACGUCUACCACGAAUGUAACGACUCCUACGUCUACUCGUCCCUCUCCGUCUAUGUUCACCGGUGGCGCUGUGGGCGUCGGGUUCACUCACUCGGAGCUUCUGGCUGCUGCUUUGCUGGCUGGUAUGCAGUGGGUGCUGUAG